AUGGCGCUGGUGACCGUCUGUCGCUCCCCGUCGGGGAGCGGGCACUCGACACCCACCGGCAGCAAGGAUGAAGAUGUUCCUCGGAAGAGACAGCUGCAGCGACGCCACAGCUUCGUCAUGGUCAAAGGAGCUGCUUUGCUCCUGCAGGAAGAAGAAAAGCUGGAGUCCGUGCAGGAAGGCCCAGCCACCCCCAUGGACCACAAGCCUAAGAGUGAGAAUGCCGCGGCUGAACAACAGGAGCUGCACUUACAGCAAAUGGUGGGGUUGAUGCGGCCAGAAGACAGCAUCCGGCUGGCUGUGAGGCUGGAGUCGGCUCGAGCUCACCGGAUCCGGUACUUGCUGGUUGUGUCAGCAGCAGAGGUGGAGAGCAAGAGUGAGAUGGUGCUGCUGGGAGUUGACUUCCCUGAAGAAGGCUCGGCUGCCUGCACGCUGGGGAUGGUGCUUCCGCUUUGGAGUGACACUCAGGUCUUCCUUGAUGGCGAUGGGGGCUUCAGUGUGACGUCUGGGGGGCAGACCCGUAUCUUUAAGCCCAUUUCAGUCCAGACCAUGUGGUCAGCGCUGCAAGUGCUGCACAAGGCAUGCAGCGAAGCCGUCUGUAACAACAAUUUCCCAGGAGGCAGUGCAUUGAGCUGGACCGAGUGGUAUCAGAAGGCUGUGAACUCGGAUCAGAGCUGCAUUAAUGAAUGGCUAGCCAUGUCCGACUUGGAAUCUGUGCGGCCCACUUCUCCUGCAGCCUUCUCUGACCAGCCGACAGCACAGGAGAUGACAGAGCGGAUGAUCCGGGCCAAGCUGCGUGAGGUGAUGGCCACCACUGACCUGGAGAACAUCACCUCCAAGGAGAUCCGUACAGAACUGGAGCGGAGAGCCGGCCGGAGCCUCAACGACUAUAAGGAGUUUAUUGACAAUGAAAUGCUUCUCAUUAUGGCUCAGAUGGAUCGGCCCUCCAGGAUUUUUGACUAUCUUUACUUGGGCUCUGAAUGGAAUGCAGCCAACUUUGAGGAGCUUCAAAGGAACAGGGUCAGCCACAUCCUUAAUGUCACCCGUGAGAUCGACAACUUCUUCCCAGAGCACUUUACGUACAUGAAUGUCCGGCUCUACGAUGAGGAAACCUCACAGCUGCUGCCGCACUGGAAGGAAACCUACAACUUCAUUUCGGCUGCCUGGGCGCAAGGCUCUCGGGUGUUGGUGCACUGCAAGAUGGGCGUGAGCCGCUCUGGCUCCACAGUGAUUGCAUAUGCCAUGAAGGAGUACGGGUGGUCACUUGAGCAGGCCCUUUCCCAUGUACGGGAACGACGCCCAAUUGUCCACCCCAAUCCAGGAUUCAUGAGGCAGCUGGAGCUUUAUCAGGGCAUUCUGGACGCAAGCCGACACAGCAGCCUAUGGGAACAAAAGGCAGGAGAUGCCCACUCAGAAGGUUCUCCAGAUAUAAGUGAUGCCAGCAGUGAUCCUUCAGGAAGCCCAUACUACGAGACUUUAAGCUCAGAAGAGGAACCAGAGGAGCCAGUGACAACCCCCCAGUAUUGCUUUCGUCCUUUGCGGGAACCUCCUGAAGAACCUCACCAUCCUAUGGACCCUCCUGAUAGUCCCAGGCUCAGUCUUCAGGCCACAGAAGAACCUGGGGCAUCAGAUGACUCUGGAGCUGAGGAAGUGCGAAGACACCUGGCUACGAUGAGAGUGCCAGAGAAGCAAGCCACGCUCAGACGGGAACGCAUCAAUCUCUAUGCUGUCAUGCGCAGCAUCAGUGAAAUGGACAGCCCAGAACACCACAUCUCUGUACCAGAGUGUGCCGCUGAGGAAGAGGUAUUUCUUCAUGAUAAAAAGCAGACGACUGUGACUUUUGAGCCAUCUCCCCAAAAUGAAGAGAAUUCAGGGUCAGGAACAGACUCUACAGCAAAGGUGCAACUGCCAGAGGGAGAGGAGGCUCAGGGUCGCAGGGCCAGGCGACGUGGGCGGAGGGCUCACCGGGGACGUUCCCAUGUCUGCAAGCAGCUUUCAUACUACCCGGCACCAGGCAGGGUGCGCAAAGUUGUCCGGCGCAUGGAGGGCCCUGUCCCAUUUGGCCGCAGGCCCGUCUUACAGCACCGGCUCUCUGUGGCUCAGCUGGCUGAUGCUGCCCUGGUGGUGAGCCGGGCCAAGGAGUUUGAGGGACACACAAAUCCCGAAGGACCAGACAAGCUCCGGUCCCCUUCUCCACAAGAAUCCAAACCUGAGGAAAGCACUGCCCUCUGUUCUUCCUUGCCUUGCUCCCGGUCCCGGCGGAUGGUUCGCCAGGCCAGCGUAGACAUGGACCCCAGCUCAGGGUGAAGCCCUUGCUGUGGCAUUUCUCCCUUUUUUCUGGUCAUAAGUGGAGUGAUAAAUGGAGCCCUGAAGGCCAAACAGGUUCACUUCUUAUCAUUGGGGGCUUCUUUCCUCUGCCUGAAGCACUGUUGGCAGCUGGUGUGGGAAGUGGCAAUUUAAAGCUGCCUGGGAGAAGGGCAGGAAAGAGGAGGAAGGGAGACCAUCCCUUUAAGAGACUAUAGUGCUUCACAAGCUCUCCAUCUCUUUCCAUAGCUAUGGAACUGCACUGUGGGGCAACCAGCACUCUUGUGGGGCUCUGUCCUAUCCACUUAUUUCAGACCUCUAAAUGGCCUUGAAGACUGCACAGCUCCAAGAUCUAUACUGCAGGGCACUUCUGCUUCUUCCUUCAACUCACUUUUGAUAACACUACCCUUUGUUAAAGCCGUGGGGAUCCCUGUGGCCUCCCAAGAUGUCUCUCUCCAGCCCUGCCAGCAUGGUGAAUGGUCAGAGAUGAUGAGAGUAGUAGUCCAGCGCAUGAGGAGGGCUCUGGGCUCCCCACAUCCCUGCUUUAUGAGGUGGGGCUAGGGAAGUAGCAUCUCACUGUGAUCCUAACCGGGGAAGAAACUGCCCCUGUUUACUUUUUCACACACAUACACAACCACUGUGCCAUUGCCAGCUUCACUCUGCUUGGGAAUAAAAGAGUUGGUUAACAUUCCACUUGCU